GACAGUUCCCAACCUUGGAGUGGCCCAAGUGCAGGGCGCGCGCGGGGAGCCGGCUCAGCCGCCGCGGCAGCGAUAGAGAGCCCCGCCGAGAAGCUCCCCCCCGCCGCCCUCAGGCCCCCUCCUUUUUUCUUAACCCUCUCCCCCCUCCCAGGCCCCCCGCCCCCGCCGCCGCCCCACACCUCCCACCCCUCCCAUCCGAGCACCCCAGCGCUCCGCCUGCACAGCCUUCUCCAUUCAGCAGCCGCGGCUCCCCAUGGCAGCGGGGCAGCCACCAACCGCGCGAGCUCGCAGUCCCCGGGAAUCGCCUCGCGCUACCGCGAGUCCCGUCCCGCUGCUGAGAGCCACCGCCUCCUCUUCCAGCCUGCCUUACCUGGCUGCGUCGUCUCAGUGCGGCACCUCCGGCAGCGGUGGCCCCUGCUAAAAUCCAAAGGCAUCACCCACCCAUCCGCAAAACAGUCUCUGCAUCCAGGGCUACCGGCCAAGGAACGGAGGAGCAGCCGCGCGUCUGUUUAUUAAGGAUUUUUUUUUAAAGUUUACAACUUUUUUCCUGUUUUUGAAAGAAUUUUUAAGAAUUGUCUCAUCUCAGAAAAAAAUUUAAAGUUCUUGGGAGAGCUGUUGGUCUUUGUUUAUUUGUUGUUUUUUUUCUUGGUUUUUAUUUUUUACGUUUCUGAAUUUUGGGAGAUUUUUUUGUUGUUGUUGCUUGUACUGGGUAACUUGACUGCCCCAACUGCUUCGGGCUCCGGGAGAGCUUCCCUCCCCUCCUAGAUUAAUGAGGCAGCCACCUGGUGAGUUUGACAUGGCUCUCAGCGGCACUCUGCUACCCUCCAUCUCCACCUUCGCAGCGGGUACGCCGGGCAAAGAGAAAGUCCUGAGGCAAGCAGGUGCCCCUAACAAUCGGUGGCGGGAGGAGCUGUCCCACAUGAAACGCCUUCCUUCAGUGCUCAGCGGCCGCCCCUACGACUUGGCGGCGGCGGCGGCGGUGGCGGCGGCCGACCUGGAGAGCAACGGAGGCGGCGGCGGCAACAACAAUCCUGCGCUCCUGGCCAGACGAGAGGCGGAGGAGUUCAACGACUUGCUGGACUUUGAUUUUAUUCUUUCCAACUCCCUGAUCCACCAGGAACCAGCCACGGCAGCCGUGGUGUCCUCAGCCUCGGCGUCAGCCUCUGCCUCGUCCUCCCCUUCGAGCAGCGGCCCAGCGAGCGCUCCUCCGGCCAACUGCAGCUUCACUUACCAGCUGCGGGGUGCUGGGGACCCGGGAGGGGCGUCCGGAGGGCCGACCACCUCGGGCGGAAGCAGUAACACCACCAGUAACGGUGGGGGCGGCAGCCUUCUUUACAUCCGGGAGCCUGCACCCCCUCCCGCCGCCCCCUUUAACCUGGCCGACAUCAAUGACGUGUCCCCUUCAGGUGGAUUUGUAGCCGAGCUCAUGAGACCUGACUUGGACCCUGUGUAUAUUCAACAGCAGCAGCUUCCGGGUGGCAGCCUGCACGGGAAAUUUGUUGUGAAAGCCACCUUGAACAUGGGGGAGUACAAUGGUCAGUCUAUCAUCAGUGUUAACAAAGGCAACCCCUCCUCUUGCAGCCCAGACGGCAGCCACCCUGUGGUAGUGGCCCCCUAUAGCACAGGGCCUCGGAUGUGCCCCAAGAUCAAGCAAGAGGCCGUCUCCUCUUGCACUAUCGGCAGGCCUAUGGAGGCCCACCUGGGCAGUGGCCCGCCUCUCAGCAAUGGCCAAAGAGCGCAGCCCCACGAAUUUCCCUUGGGGCGGCCUCUCCCCAGCAGGACUACCCCUUCCUUGACUGCUGAGGAAUUGAUGAACAGCAGGGACUGCCACCCUUCACCUCAGGGGAUAAGCCAUCCAUUGCCACUACCCCCUGGGUACCACCCUGGACCCAACUAUCCUCCUUUCCUGCCGGACCAGCUGCAGCCCCAGGUUCCUCCACUCCAAUAUCAAGAGCUUAUACCACCCGGGAGUUGCAUGCCAGAAGAACCCAAACCCAAGAGAGGGCGCAGGUCAUGGCCCAGGAAAAGGACAGCCACCCACACGUGUGAUUAUGCAGGCUGCGGGAAAACAUAUACCAAGAGUUCUCAUCUCAAGGCACAUCUUCGAACCCACACAGGUGAGAAGCCUUAUCACUGUGACUGGGAGGGCUGUGGAUGGAAGUUUGCCCGCUCUGAUGAACUUACCCGCCACUACAGGAAACACACUGGUCAACGCCCAUUCCAGUGCCAGAAAUGUGACCGAGCAUUUUCCAGGUCCGACCACCUUGCCUUACACAUGAAGAGGCAUUUUUAAUCCAAAGCAGAGGAUUUUACUCAUACUGCCAUAUGAGAUUCAGUAUUCACAUGACUGUCUUCCUGAUGAGGGAGGAACCCAGCUAAAGCACUAUAUACAAGGAAUCAUGGUAAACAAAACAAAACAAGUCUUCCAAAGAGUCAAAAGAAAACGGAUAAUCAAGAGAAAUGAGAAACUUAAAUCAAAGGACAGAUUUGUGGUCUGUGACUGGAUCUUAUCAUUCCAUUUCUGAAUCCAACUUGAAUAUGCCUGGAUUACAAGAUGCCAAGGAGUGACUGGAAGUCACGGAUAUCAGGGUUCAAUAGAUUGUGUAUGGGGGAGGGGAGACUACAUUCCCUUGAAUUGUGUUUCAAUGCAAUAUAAGUAUAAAGAUCAUCUUGUAUUUGCCUUCUAAAAGCCAUUAUUAUGUUAGAAGAGGAAGAAAUUCAGGUACAGAAAAUGUUUUGAAAGCCUAAUUGAUGGUGCUUAGUGACUGUUGGUUCUAAAGGUACCAAAAAAAGGAAGCCAAAGUUCUCAAACUGCUGCAUAUUUGACAAGGAAAUAUAUUUUUGUCUUCCGAUCUACAUUUAUGACCUAAGUCAGGUAAAUAAACCUGGUUUAUUUCUUUAAAAAUUUAUGCAGACAGUCUAUAAUGCACUGUGGUUUCAAUGUGCAAUAAUUUGUAAUGUUUUAUCCCCAACUAUGCCUUAAGUAGAACAAAUGUUUUUUUCUAUAGUUCUUUACCUAAUAAAUAUGUAAUAUAAAUUUAAGCAAACUUCUAUUUUGUAUAUUUGUAAACUACAAAGUAAAAUGAACAUUUUGUUGGAGUUUGUAUUUUGCAUACUCAAGUUGAGAAUUAAGUUUUAAAUAAACCUAUAAUAUUUU